GAUGAAAAAGAGAAAGUUAAGGAUGAUAAAGAGAAAGAGAAAGUUAAGGAUGAUAAAGAGAAAGAGAAAGUUAAGGAUGAUAAAGAAAAAGAGAAAGUUAAGGAUGAAAAAGAGAAAGAGAAAGUUAAGGAUGAAAAAGAGAAAGUUAAGGAUGAAAAAGAGAAAGAAGCAAAAGUAGAAAAAGAUGAAGUAAAAGAAAAGAAAGAAGUGAAAAAGGAGGGUGUCAAAGAAACAAAAGAUGAAAAAGAUGAAAUGGAUAAAUUACUCGACGACUUUGAAGAAGAAUUUGGUGUACCAUCAAAGCCAAAGGAUAAAGGAUAUAAAUUACCUACAAGAGACGAAUUUUAA